UUUAAAAUCUACAAAUAGCUUUGCCUCGUUGACCCCUGUCAUAGGCAAUUACUAUAUAAGCAUCCAAAGCCGAACGAGGAACUAUAGCUACCUCCAGCGAAUCCGAGACCUCAGAGUGUGACAAAAGAAUUUAGCAUUACAUCCCACGAUCUGAUAUAGUUCUACAGGAUGAGGAAAUUUCUUGUUCUUCUGAUCAUCGGUCUAGUUUUGGUGGAAACUUUUGCCAGACAGAAACGAAACGCUGACAAUGGAGACAAAGACGAUGAUAACAAAAGCAAAGAUGACGAUGAUGACAAGAAUAAUGGAGAUGACAGUAAUAAGGGACAGCGGGGCAGGAGAAGCGCAGAUGACGGCGGCAAAAGUAAGGCGAGUAAGGAGAGCAAGGAGAGCAAGGAGAAAGAUGAUGGGAGAUAAAGAGGAAGUAGCCGCAAUGUAAAGAAGGAUGCUGGAAAGGAAAAGGAAAUGACUCAUGAAUUAACAAAAAGAUAAACCUUUUCCCUCAAAUUCAGAAAGUAUAUCACUGAUUCAACUUACUGUACCGUAUUGUUGUGAUACGUUCAUUGUAGAUUCGUGGACUAUUUCAUAACUCUAGCUAAUCUUUGUUUACAUGUACAGCUAUAGUAUGUCUUUUGUAUGCCAUAAUAUAUGUAUAGAUAGAAUGUGAAUUACCGAUAUCCUGAAGGAAACCACGUGGUUCUGACAGUUGUCAAUUUCACUUUACUACUGAAUUACUAAAUUCAUUCAAAUAUACAAUGAUAUGUGUAUUUAAGAUUAUGCACAUAUGUUGUAGAACAGAUAUUUAUUGAUUUUGGUUAAUUUAUAACAUCAAUAUAAUGCAAUAUAUGAACAAAAUACAGUAAAUCAAAAAAAAAAAAUCAGA